GUUGGAGUCUUCACGCGAAGCCAAUCUAGUGACACCAACUCCUUGCUCUGUCAGCCAUUUGUUCGGCAGGUCAGUCCGAUCGUCCAACACGGCAGCCAACUGAUCUACGCGGCACCCACACUUUCAGCUGGAGUCCCUUCAGAAAGAGCAUACUUUAGCCCUGAAGCCGCGCUCCUCGACUCCGAGAAGAGUCUGGCUCCGUUGCGGAUUGCUCCGGCAUCUGGCCUUACUCUGACUCAGCCCUAUUCCUUCGCCGUAAGUGCCAUCUACCCACAAACAUGUAGAUGGAUGUAG